AUGGGUCCCUUCCCAUCAUCCAAUGGAAACCAAUAUAUUCUAGUGGCUGUUGAUUAUGUGUCCAAAUGGGUUGAGGCUAUAGCUCUUCCCUCGAAUGAUUCAAGAGUCAUGAUAAAAUUCAUCAAGAAGCAUAUUUUCACUCGUUUUGGCACUCUCAGGGCAAUCAUAAGUGAUGGUGGUAAGUAUUUCAUUAACCAUCUAGAGAAAAAUCUUCUUGCUAAGUAUGGUAUACGUCAUAAGGUUGCUACAACUUACCAUCCUCAAACAAGUGGGCAAGAAGAAGUAUCUAAUAGAGAGGUGAAGCAAAUCUUGCAGAAAACAGUGAAUGCACAAAUAAAGGAUUGGUCUGAGAAGCCGGAUGAUGCACUGUGGGCGUAUAAGAUUGCAUAUAAGAUGCCCAUAUGGACUUCACCCUAUCAUAUAGUGUUUGGUAAAUCAUGUCAUCUUCCGACAGAAUUAGAACCCCGAGCUUAUUGGGUGAUAAAGAAGUUAAAUCUUGACCCCGAGCUGGCCGAUAGAAAGAGACUAGAUCAGUUACAUGAACUUGAGGAGUUUAGACUUCAUGCGUAUGAGAAUGCCAAGCUCUACAAAGAAAGGACGAAAAGGUGGCAUGACAAGCAUAUAGUUCCUCGCACUUACACUCCGAGAGAAAAUGAACUAUUUUUUAACUCAAGACUAAGGUUAUUCCCCAAAAAAACUAAGGUCUAA